UGUCGUCUUUUUCUUAGUUUGCUUUUCUUUCAUCUUUUGUUCAUUUACAUUCGCACCUGUUGUGAAAAAGCGAGACCAUGGCUGGAGCUUUAGCAGGAGGUUCGUUUAUCUAUGCUUUUCUUCAGGUUUUGUUUGAUCGGAUGGCUUCUCGCCAGGUUCUUGACUUUUGCAAGGGUCAAAAGCUCAGCGAAAGGUUCCUGGAAAAAUUGAGCUUAACUGUGAAUUUUGUUGAUGGAGUUCUUGAUGAUGCAGAGGAGAAACAAAUAAUUAGACCAGCUGUCAAAAGGUGGCUUGAGGAUCUCAAAGGUGUUGCGUAUGAAGCUGAUGACUUGUUCGUUGAGGUUCCAUAUGAAGCUAUGGGAUUGGAAAUGGAAGCUGCAUGCUCUAAAACCAGCACGGAUCAGGUGCGGAAAUCCUCUCUUCUUUUAAUCCAUUUGAAAAGAAUAUGCAUGUGGAAUUAGGAGAUAUUACUGAAAGAAUUGAAAGGAUUAUGGACAAACUUGAAAACUUAGUCAAACAAAAGGGUAAAUAGCUCUUCUUUUCAAUACAAUAAAAAAGAUGAGAUGUCAAUUUCAUCUUUCAGUGCAUUAUUUUCCACAUCAGAGGGAGCCGAGAGCUGUUCAUUCUAUAAUCCUCAUGCUGUAAACUCAAGGCAGGAGAAUGUCCUCAAGCUAAGACCAUAAAGAGGCACCUCGCCAUGGGAGGUCUUUCUGCUCUUUUGGACUUCGAUAGCCGAGUUAGCCCUUUUGGAUCAUAGAAGAAACAGAUCGUGCAACAAUUAGUUCAUUACCAAUGGAUCGAGAGGAGAGAAGGAAGAAAUUUAGAAAGCCAUAUGAGAGAGUAUGAUGGUCCUAGAUGAAAUGGAAAACUUGCUUGAUUUUAUUCUCAAUCGACCUCUCCUUAUAUAGAGAAGUGAUAAUACAAAACGACAGGGAGAGACAAGGUGGGAAUCUUAUCUUGAUUUCCCACUUACAAAAGUGAAGACCCAUAAUACACUGAUUGACAGCUCAAAGACUAAUAAUACACGGACCGACAGCUUCACAUGCAUCUUAAGACAAAAAGUCUUAAUAAUGCUGCUACUAUACACAUGUGGAAAA